AUGCUGGAUGGAAGCUUCGCCGUUACAAGCUGCAGAGACACGAACCAUCUAGAAGAUGCGCUACCGGAGACGCACAUGGCGCUUGAGGCAGCGUUUGUGUCUGAAGACGAGGUGUCAUUGCUGAGGCGAGCUCUGUCAUGGGCACAGACUGUGUCCUUCGAGCUGGAUCAGAUGGCAGAUGUCGAGGGCUUGAGCAGUUACAAGAAGACGUUUGAGAGCUUAGAAGACCCGCAGCGUCUGCUGGAUAGGUGGGGAGAUUCAGAGCAGACGAAAGAAGCGAUCCAUACGAAGCUCGUGGCAAGCGCCAAAGAGCUCGAGAGGACGGAGAGCAGGCUGUGGAGCAUGGCCUGUCACUAUCCUGAGCACAGAAACAAGUUGAAGCAGGACAUGGAGCGCAAGACAGGGGGGAGCGACGGAGAUUUUGUGAUUGGGCGCGAGACUAUGGACAUGUUCAAAGUGGUUGACCGGCUGUCGCAGGCCGGGCAGAAGGGAGCCCGACAUAACGUUAUGCUCGUAAGACAAGGAGACGAAGAAUAUGUCAUCAAGGAGUACGUACUCUCAGACAGCACAAGGGGAAGCAGAUGCUUCCUUCGUGAAGCCAGCAUCUUGCGUCGCUUGGAGAACCCUUACAUCAUGAAGCUGAGCAGCGCUUUUAUCGAAGAGAGGAGAGAAUUCGAGAGAUCAGUCAUGAAGGGAUACCUGAAGAUGCCGCUCCUCGUCGGAGGGACGUUUUCGAGCUGGGUGGAGCAUGUCAAACCCAGCGAUCAGCACAAGCACAGGGUGCUGAUGCAGCUCUCGCACAAGUGCGACAUGUACUCGUAUGGGUUGGUGAUGCUCGAGGUGUUGACAGAGGUAUGGACAAGUGGGUCGCGGCGAGAGAACAUCACGGUGAUGGUGGCCAGGCUACAAGGAGAGGCGAAGGAUCUUGUUUUUAGACUCAUCGAUUCCAAUCCAAGCAUGAGGCCUUCAUCUGUCGAGGCUCUGACUCACCGCUACUUCAGCCAUGCUAUGAUCCUGGAACGCGAACAUCUCGACAAGGAGCGCGCUGACAUGCGGGAGCGGCUCGAUCGAGAGCGUCAGGCGCUGGCUGCACAGCAAGACGAGCUGAAGGAGAGGGAGAGGGAGAUGCACCAGCGCAGGGAGCGCGUGCAGCGUGAGGAGAGGCAGCUGCUGGAGCAGCAGCGAGACCUGAUGUCUAGAGGCAAGCAACUCGAAGACGACGACAGGUCCAGGAAGGAGCAGCUACAGAAAGAGAAGGCCGAGCUCAACAAGCAAGAGUCAAUCAAGCGGUAG